CGCUAUUUGAUGCAUAUGUGCUUUAAACAAAUUCAUUCAGAUAGAAUGAAUUGAAAAUAAAAAUAGUAUACUUUGGAGAAAUAAAAUUUUUGUGUCAGUCGAUCAUUUAACGUUGGCGGAAGCAGUCAGACGGUCUAAAAUUGUAACAUACGUGCUUUUCGGAUACAUUUAAAUAAUAUCGGUUCGUCAUAAACAUAACAUUUUUUCAUUCUUCUUACCUAAAAAAAUAUUUGAUCAAUAAUGGACUCAAAACGAUCACUUUUAUUACCAAUGCCAAAAAGAAACCCAUUCCCCCAAAGACCAUGGAUGGAAAAUAAUUGUGCUGCUGCUGCAGCUGGAGGUUCAACUGGUUUAAAAGGAAUCGUGGCCGGUGGCAUCACAGGAGGAAUUGAGAUCUGUAUCACAUUUCCUACUGAGUAUGUUAAAACUCAACUACAAUUAGACGAAAAAGGUGGAAGCAAGAAGUAUAAUGGAAUUGGUGAUUGCAUUAAGAAAACUAUAAAGUCAAAUGGAUUCUUUGGAUUAUAUCGCGGACUUUCGGUCCUCUUAUACGGAAGCAUUCCAAAAUCAGCAGUUCGUUUUGGAGCUUUUGAGACAUUUAAAAAACAAAUGCAAGAUCACAAUGGCCAAUUGACGGCUGGAGGUAAAUUAUUGGCUGGUUUGGGAGCUGGAGUUGCAGAAGCUAUUCUUGCCGUUACACCAAUGGAAACCGUUAAAGUUAAAUUCAUCAAUGAUCAGCGCAGUGGAAAUCCACAAUACAAAGGUUUCUUUCACGGUGUAUCAACAAUUAUAAGGAAUGAAGGAGUUUUGGGAGUUUACAAAGGCGUUACUGCAACGAUCAUGAAGCAAGGUUCCAAUCAAGCGAUUAGAUUCUAUGUAAUGGAAACAUUGAAGGAUAUGUACAAAGGUGACGAUCCAAAGAAACCUGUACCAAAACUUGUUGUCGGUAUGUUUGGCGCUUUUGCUGGUGCAGCUUCUGUAUUUGGCAAUACGCCAAUUGAUGUAGUAAAAACUAGAAUGCAAGGACUUGAAGCGUCGAAAUAUAAGAAUACUGCCGAUUGCGCACUUCAAAUAUGGAAGAAUGAGGGUCCACGUGCAUUCUACAAAGGAACAGUGCCACGGCUUUCACGCGUGUGUCUUGAUGUAGCCAUCACAUUCAUGAUUUACGACACCUUUAUGGAUGUUUUUAAUAAAUUCUGGCAUUAGUUAUACUAAUCUUUUCAUCGUUUUACUUUAUUGCUCAAAGUUUAGAGUGUGGAGUUUUAUUUAUUUAAAAUAAAGCUGCACAUUUACUGCAAAUAUUGAUGUAACAUACAAUGCUUCAACGAGAGAGAAUAAAAUUAAAACACUAUUUCUUCCUAUUCACGACA